AUGAUGUCAACUAUCUGCCGUCACUUCUCUACCGCUAGACCGGCCCUUACUAAAUAUGCAACCAAUGCCGCAAUUAAAUCGGCAACUGCAUCCUCAGAAGCUAGUCCUUUGGGUGCUCUACAAUAUGCAUUGUCGUUAGAAGAACCAAAACAUUCGUGGACAAAAUCGCAAUUGAAAGAAAUUUAUCACACCCCACUGCUUGAGCUUACUCAUGCAGCACAACUGCAGCACAGAAAAUGGCACGAUCCAACCAAAGUACAACUGUGCACAUUGAUGAACAUCAAAUCUGGUGGUUGUUCUGAAGACUGUAAGUACUGUGCGCAGUCUUCGAGAAACGAUACCGGGCUAAAGGCUGAGAAAAUGGUUAAAGUGGAUGAAGUGAUCAAAGAGGCAGAAGAGGCUAAGAAGAAUGGAUCGACCAGAUUUUGCCUGGGUGCUGCAUGGAGAGACAUGAAAGGUCGUAAAUCAGCCAUGAAAAGAAUUCAGGAAAUGGUCACAAAAGUGAAUGAUAUGGGGCUAGAAACAUGUGUUACUUUGGGUAUGGUUGAUCAAGACCAGGCAAAGCAAUUGAAAGAUGCAGGUUUGACCGCGUACAACCAUAACAUCGACACUUCCAGAGAGCACUACAGUAAGGUCAUCACCACGAGAACCUACGACGAUAGAUUACAGACCAUUAAGAACGUCCAAGAAUCCGGAAUAAAAGCCUGUACCGGUGGUAUCUUGGGUCUUGGUGAAAGCGAAGACGACCACAUUGGAUUCAUUUACACAUUAUCCAAUAUGUCCCCUCAUCCUGAGUCCCUACCAAUCAAUAGACUUGUUGCCAUCAAGGGGACUCCAAUGGCCGAGGAACUUGCCGACCCAAAGAGUAAGAAGUUGCAAUUCGAUGAAAUUUUGAGAACCAUCGCAACAGCGAGAAUUGUCAUGCCAAAAGCUAUUAUAAGACUUGCUGCUGGUCGUUAUACAAUGAAAGAAACAGAGCAAUUCGUCUGUUUCAUGGCCGGUUGUAACAGUAUCUUCACCGGUAAGAAAAUGCUUACAACCAUGUGUAACGGUUGGGAUGAAGACAAGGCAAUGUUGGCUAAAUGGGGAUUGCAACCUAUGGAAGCGUUCAAGUACGACAGAUCUUAA